UAGUUUGGGCAGCUCCUCCAUCCAGCAAUCUGCUCUGAAAUCUCUUGGAUUACAAGCGGAGGAGGACAAGCAGAAGCUCGCUUUGCUCCUUCGUCAAGGUUGCUCAAAGAAUCGGCUGGGCUCCGGCGCUGAUCGAUCCCCAAAGCUCCGAGCGAGGAAUCGGCUUCCUUCGGAAACUUCCCAGGAGCUCCGGUGCUGCCGUGCAAAGGAGAUGGCCAACAGUGGUCUGCAGUUGCUGGGCUUCAUCCUGGCCUUCGUCGGCUGGGUGGGCUUGGUCAUCAGCACGGCCAUGCCCCAGUGGAAAAUUAACGCCUAUGCCGGGGAGAACAUCGUGACAGCCCAGGCCAUCUAUCAAGGUCUCUGGAUGAACUGCGUCACACAGAGCACAGGGCAGAUGCAGUGCAAAGCCUUCGACACCCUGCUCAGCCUUCCAACUAUCCUCCAGGGAACUCGGGCUUUGAUGGUGGCCUCUAUCCUCUUGGGGCUCAUUGCCUUCUCCGUCUCCUUAAUCGGAAUGAAGUGCAUGAAAUGCAUGGAGGACGACCAGGUUCAGAAGAUGAGGAUGGCCGUUAUUGGAGGGAUCUUCUUCCUGGUUGCAGGAUUUGCUGCCCUGGUGGGGACUUCUUGGUAUGGAAACGACGUCGCACGCCAGUUCUUCGACAUUUACACGCCCGUCAACACCAGAUUUGAAUUUGGACCCGCUCUCUUCAUCGGCUGGGCAGCUGCGUCCCUGACCAUCCUGGGAGGGGCCUUCCUGUGCUGCUCCUGCCCCCGCCGCGAAACCACCUACCCGCCGAGCCGGCCGUACCCCAAGUGUGCCCCCUCUUCCGGGAAAGAUUACGUAUAACCCGGAAUGGAGACGGAGAAAAAUUGCCUUGGCAUUUAAGAAACCAAAGGGACGCUGACUUCUCAUUGUCCUUCGGAAAGCAGGGCAUGGGCCUUCGCCCCCCGCCCAGCUCUCCCUUGCGUAAAACAAAUGCGUAUAUUUAUAUCGAUGCCAUCUAUGUGUAGCCAUUUCUGCUCCUGCAUGGGCAAAUUCGUCCCCAUCCUUCCAACAGAUGAGGAGGCCCCAAAACAUGUACAUAACUGCUGUGAAAUGGCACCAAAUGUAUCUCCCUUUCCUUGAGGGUAUGAGACAGGCAGCCCCACCAGCUCCUCCCAAAUAUUGUUUGUGUAUCCCCUCUUUAUUCCCUUCCUAUGUUAGGGCACUCAUGCAUAGGUCUGCCACCUCAUUCUGCUUUUCCUUUGUAUAUAUUUCGAUGCUGAAGCGGCAGAAGGGGCACAGGUCUAGCGCAGGAGGCCAGAGGUUUCAAAACCUUGAAUGAGGCUCUGCUUGAAGAAUCCGUUUGAAUGAAUGGAUACGUUUGGUUUCUGUUGCUCUCCCCGACCCCUCAAGCCUUUGCCAAGGAUUAGCUGGGUCCCAGAGCAUCCCCGGUCCUCCUGCUUUCCCUGCAUGCACAGAAGUAAGGCAGAAGGCCUCUGGUCAGAGAACCUGACCGUGUUUGAAUUUCCCCAAGGUACUUGGCUAAGGAGUGGCCCUAAGGGGGUGGACUCUGAGGUUUUGCUGUCUGAGGGCAAGGGCAAGAAGGGGGCAUGGAUGUCUCAGGUCCAGCAUCAUAGAAUUGUAGAGUUGGGAGGGACCCUCCUCAAGGGUCAUGUAGCAAUGCAGGAAUCACAGCUAUAGAAUACCUAUAUAAUCCAUCAUAUAAAAAUAAUAAUCUUCCACGUGAAAGCCUUUCAGACACUUCCAUGUCUCUCAUAAAGCUCCCUGGGUGACCGUGAUAAAGACGGAAGAUCUACGUGCGCCUACUUGGGAGUAGACCCCCUUGACACCAGUGGGAUUUGCUUCCCUUCUCUCUCGAUCAAAGCCUGCCUCCUAACCCUCCCCGGUUUGUGAUUGUGGUUCAGUCCAAAUUUCUCCCCGACUGUCUGUAUUAAUUGGCCGAACUUCAUUGCCUGUGUGUUGGCAGGGUGGGGUGGGGGCUUAUCUAUGAGGAUGUUGUAUAAAGUGUUGACUGUUUUCAAUAAAUGUAACCUUUUCCCUUUUUUUAAAAAAGAAACCAUGUCUCUGUUUUGCUACUUAUUUUUUUAUAUAUAUAUACCUGUACCUGAAGAGGGAAUAA